AUACCCUCGAUGGAUCGACAGAUCGUUCGGCAGUAUCGAUCGGUGUGCAUUGGUGUGCGUCGGGUGCAGUUGUCUGUCAGAUUUACUGAUUCCCACUUCCCGCUCCGGGGUGUUCUCCUUCAGGAAUCUCGGCGGUAACGCGGGUUAUGUCCAUACCAUCGCGUUGCACGGCAUACGCAUAGCGACGUGCUUUUACCCCCCAGGUAAUCACAGGUCGGUCCGUCGGUGGUCCUCCAUCGCGAUCAUCCCGCUCUUCCCGUCCCCUUCCCGUUCUCUCCACGAAUUCGUUGACACACCGCGGGCCAUUUCGCUGCCUCCUGGAUCCCAAAAGGCGGACGUGCUUGUCCCGCGCGAUCCGCGAUGACGGAGACGAACGGGGCCGCGAAUCUCAACACGAAGAACGGCAACUUCAUUUGCGGCGUGGUAGAAGGUUUCUAUGGACGACCAUGGACCACCGAGCAACGAAAGGAUCUCUUCCAAAAAUUGAAAAAAUGGGGAAUGGACUCUUACCUGUACGCACCAAAAGAUGAUUACAAACAUCGUGCUUAUUGGAGAGAUCUGUAUACAGUGGAAGAAGCUGAACAUCUGACUGGUUUAAUCACAGCUGCUAGGGAAUAUGGUAUAACCUUUUACUAUGCGCUAUCCCCAGGAUUAGAUAUCACAUAUUCAAGCUCAAAAGAAGUCACCGCCUUGAAAAGAAAAUUGGAACAAGUCAGUCAGUUUGGUUGUACAGCAUUUGCGUUACUAUUUGAUGACAUAGAGCCAGAAAUGAGUGAAGCUGACAAGGAAGUGUUUCAGUCAUUUGCACAUGCUCAAGUUUCUGUCACAAAUGAUAUUUUUCAACAUCUCAGCCAGCCUCGUUUUCUUCUAUGUCCCACGCAAUAUUGCGCGACACGCGCGAUGCCGAAUGUCGCGUCUUCGGAAUAUCUCAACACUCUUGGAAGUAAACUAGCUCAGGAAAUUGAUAUAAUGUGGACUGGACCUAAAGUCAUAUCGAGACUUUUAACUAUGGAGUCCAUUGAAGAGAUAACAGAGGUGCUCAGAAGGCCACCUGUUAUCUGGGAUAAUUUACAUGCCAACGAUUACGAUCAGAAGAGGGUGUUCCUCGGUCCAUAUUCUGGUCGUUCUCCUGAUCUUAUACCUAAACUUAGAGGAGUUUUAACAAAUCCUAAUUGUGAAUAUGGAGCGAAUUUUAUAGCAAUUCAUACAUUAGCUCAGUGGAGCAGAUGCAAUGUGGAUGGAAAGAGAGACCUAAGUUUAAAUGAUACUGUGUCAGCAGACAUUAAAUUAGAAACUGAGACGGAGGAUGGCGUUCUUGGUGAAGAUGUACCGUCGACAUUAUCGCCAAAUAUGUAUCAUCCCCGACAAGCUCUGAAAAAUGCGAUAAGCGAAUGGUUAUUGGAGUUCAACAAGAAGAAAGCAGCUUGGGGAGUAAUAGUCAAACCGCAACCGUGUGUCGCACCUACGAUACCUAUCCCAAUAAUUCCCUCCGUGAACACCUGUAUGAGUCUUACGUCGACGACAACAACCACAGUUUCUGUCGCGCCUACGUCUGGAACGAAUACUCUUCAAGCAUUGGCCGAAGUUUGCUCAAGUGUAACGAGUAACGAUAGCUUCGCGCAGCCUCUGUCAGGACCUGUGAUGAAUUCUCUAGUGUCAGAUGUAAAAGUAAUCAGCGAACCUGCCUUGACUACUGUGUUACCCACUAAUAUGAGCGGUGAGCCACCUUCAGCAGGAUUAUCUACUAUAGAACCUAUGGAUUGUAAUACGACGCCGAAUAACUCGCCGGCACACAUACCAAAAGUUUCAGCGGAGGAUGACGCUAUGGUAGAUAACACUUCUACGUGCAGCGAGGCUUCUGGAAGUAUGCAAGUAGAAGUGGACAGCACUUCUCCUACGGUCAAUGGUACGCAAAUGAUUGUGGAGAACGAUAGCGAAAAUCACGAGAGUUCCGAUAACGCAGACGCAGUACCACAAGAAUCUGUGGAUGUCGAUAAACAACUUACUCAUGAGGAUCUGUCGCUUUUAUGUGAUCUAUUUUAUUUACCGUUUGAGCAUGGAGGUCAAGGAAUUCAAUUAUUGCAAGAAUUUAAUUGGUUGAAGAGUAAUGCUUAUGUUGUUAUGAAAAAAUGUAAGGAAGAAGAACCAACAUCUGAAUCAGACAUUGCAGAAUGGCAUCUUCGUGCGGCUAAAUUAAACGAUAUGUGUAAUGCAGUAAACAGAUUGUUCCAAAGACUUACUUAUUGUAAUAAUCGUGAGUUAUUGUACGAUCUUUACUCGUACGUAUGGGACAUGAGAGGAGUUGUAUCUCUUCUAAAUAGUUACGUCAAGUGGCUAGCGUUUGGCAGAUUCCCAUCGACGAUGACGACGUUUACCCAGGGCAGCUAUACAUGGUUUUCAAAUGGUUGGAAAGAAACAUUUAUGAGUGGAGAUCAGGAGCCUUGGGUUUUUCGUGGUGGACUUACAGCUGAUUUACAGAGAUUAAUCCCAGUUGAUAGUGGUAAUGACUUGUUCGUUUAUAAAGCACCGGAAGUGCCCAGUAGUAAAAUAUAUACAAUUCGCCCGUACUUACCAAGUGAUGAAGAAGCGGUUUAUGCGGUGUGCAAUCAAAUUAAUAAUUGUACCACCUCAUCAGCUGUAGCAGACAGACUUAUCGGGGGAUUUCUAACAUUGAGUCCGGAGUUAUGUAUGGUUGUUGAAGAUGAAAAUGGCAUAACAGGUUAUGCAGUGGCCACGCUGAAUAUAAAGUCUUUCAAUCAGAAACUGGCUGCUUCCUGGAUUCCUGAAUUGCGAAUGAAAUAUCCCUUAGAUAAUAGCAUUAGCGAGUUGCCACAAAAUGUUCAGGAUGCCAUACAGUAUUUUCAUUCAUUUGUUCCGGACAUGUCAGAACAAUUGUGCAGGCAGCAUCCGUCGAAACUUACAUGCGGUAUACUACCAAGUGUGACAGAUCAAUCUAUUUGCAAACGUUUAAUAACCUGCAUUCUUGCAGCCUUAAGAGCAAAUGGUUCUUUCGGAGUACACACGACGAUGUUAACAACGGAUAAGGAAACUCAUGAAUUCUAUGGCAAGUUAGGUUUCGUCGAUUUAAAUCCGGCACACGAAGAAUAUCCUGAAAUUAAGACUAUGUGUAGAAGUUUCUAACAGAGAAUUAAUACUCCAAUGAUCCUUGUCAACAAAGUAUACUUGCUUGGACCAUCUCCUGGGAAAACGAUGGUUUCUUAGGGCCCUAAACAUAGUAGCCCCUACACAGAUGCUAAUAAUAAAAUUGAACGCCUUUAUUCAAGAUUUUUUAAAACCUAAGCCAAUGCGACAAGCUCAGAAGUGUACUUUUUAAAAAUAUCCACUACUGAAAAUAUCUGUAACAUUAUACUUUUAAUAUAUUCGAUAUAAUCUUUCUUAAUAUCGAGAUCUUUAAAUGUAUUUGAUACGAGUGUAUACAUAUGUAUAUACAUAUACAUAAUUAAUGUUAAUUUUUAAUAUUUUAGUGAAUUUCUGUUACAUUAAAGAGAUUAAUAAUCAAAUCGAUUUUCAGUAUAAUAUAAAUUACUUUCUUUAUUUCAUUAAUAGUCAUUUCUACAUAAUAUUACUAUUAUGUUAUAUAUGGUAUACAGCAUGUAGCUUUGCAAUAUCACACAUUAAUUUAAAUUUUUUAAAUCUUUGAACAUGGCAUGUAUAUAAAAUUCUCAACGUGCGUAAUGAAAUGCCAGUGUGUUCAUGAGUUGUUGAAAUUUUCAAUUUAUUAAAAUUUUUUCAUAACAAAAUGAUACAUAAGAAUGACAGUUUUAUAAAGCGCAUUUUUUUUAAAGCAUGUUAAAACGUUCUUUUAAACAAAUGUAAGAAAUGAGUGUGAGAAAUUAUGAUUUAGAUAUUAAAUAUGUAGUUCUAAAUCUAUAUCUGAUAAUUAGGUGUAUUUAUGUAUGACUAGAUUUUGUAGCGUUUACUGCUCAAAUUACAAAUUUGUAAUAUACAAUUAGAGUUUUUAGUAGUAAUGUUUUUUUAUGUGUAUGUACAUUAUAAUCUCGCAUAUAUAGUUUUUAUUUCACAUUAUCUCGAUUGGCCCUACAACUGCAACAUACAUGUAUAUAUUUUUAGGUAAAAAAUAAAAUUGCGAAAUGUGAUAUAAAAUAUCUGCAUAAAAAAUAUUUUGUAAUCUUAUUAAUGACACGAGUAAAAUAUAUAUAUUAAAUGUUCUUUUUUUAUAUUAUUAGAUAUAGAUAUUACUUCAAUUAAAUACUAAAACUUUAAAAGUGCUAUUAAGCACUAUUAAUACAUUAAUUGCUAGAAGAAAAAUAAUUUUUUAUGUUAAAUUUUACGUUAAUACAAGUGAAUACAAAAUGGAUAGCACAAUAUUAUUAUAAUUUUGAACAAUAAUGUGCAUUAUAUACGUAUGUAAGGAAUAUUUGAGUUAUUUACUUCUCAUUAUGUCUUUACAAAAAUAUUAAUAAAUUCACCAUUAACUGCACAAUACAUAUAUUCAUGUAUGAAGUGUAUAGAAUUAAUAUAAAUAACUAGUAAGAUUAUUAAAAAAUC